GGCCGCGGAGGCGGCGUUUGUCCCUCGGGAGCCGCCGUGGCGCCGAGCGGCCCGCCGCUGUCACGGCAACCGCGGUGCCCUGCGGUGGCGGCUCCUCGUCCCGGCCGGAGCGGCGGCGCCGCCUGUCCCACGGCAGCUGGGGAUGCUGUAUUACUCUAACACAUCAUCAAAAUGAGUGAAAAGGAAGCUCAAGGAGAUCUGGAUCAAAAGGAAGAUCAAGCAGAUGUGGGUGAAUCAACAGAAAAUGCAGAAUAUGAGGAUGAUUUUGAAAAAGACACGGAAUGCCUAACUGAUGAAGAAGAAAAACAAAACCUUGGUGAAAAAGAGAAUCCUGAAGAAAAGGAAGAGGAUGUUGAAGCGAAAAUUCUUAAAAGUGCAGACAGCUUCCAAGAAGACAAUAAAGAAAUAAAAGAAAAUCUAGAUCAGCUUUCAGAGGCAGAUGCAAAUGUGAAAGUGAUAUACUCUAAUGAAAAAUAUUUGAAAUCUGGGGCAGAUAUUGAACAGGAGGACCAUGAAUCUGAUGCUGAGAGAGAAAGCUCUGUCCAGGAAUCCAAGCUGGAAAAUGAGCAGGAACUGGAUGAGGGAGAGGAUGAAGAAAUAAAGCGUUAUGUCUUGGAAAAGAUUGAAGAAGCCAACAAAGAGCUGGAAAAUCAGGCUCCUAUGGAUAAAAACAGAGAACGGAAAUUAAAAUUUGAGGAUGAAGUGGGUCUUCAAGCUGCUCCUCCAGAAGAUGCUGAAGUUGGUAAAACUGACCUUGCAAGAGCAGGCGAUGUUUCAGACAGGCUGUCUAAGCUGAGUAUUUCUGACAAGGGACAGAAAAGCAUAUCACUUUCAGCAUGUGCUGGCUUAGAUGAGAAGACAGAUGGUAAAACUGUAGCUGAAAAAGAUGAAAAUUUUGAACUCUUAUGUAUAUGUGACAUUGAAAGCCAGGGCAUUUUGGCCCCAGUGAGAGUUUAUUUUACAGAUAUUGAAACUCAACAGACUACAGAACUCUUCAGUUCUUUGCCCACUGCCUCUCAAGCAAAAGAAAUGCCUACAUCUGACUCUAAGCAGCAGCCAGAUUCUGCUUUGAAUGGUGCAAAAGAUGUGGGAAAACAGAAGACUGAGUGUGCGAACAUACCUGUGAAAAGCUCCACUUACAGUCUUACUCCCAGACAAAAAGAAUUAAGGAGGCAGAUAGAGCUAAGGAAAGAAAGACUGAAGAGAGAGGAAGAAGAAAAGAAAAGGGAACUAGAAGAAGUGAGGAGAAGGCAGAAUGAAAUGGUUUUUAAAGCUUGGUUACAGAAGAAGAAAGAACAGGUACAACAAGAAAAGCGAAUUCGUCGUGCAAAGCUGCUGGAAGAGCAGAGCAUUAAAGAGGUGCACAGGGAUCCAGAAGAAGCCUACAGAUUAUGGCUUAAAAAAAAGCACCAACAAUAUGUGAGAGAAAGACGGAUAGAAGUCUUGAGACGACAAACUGAGGAAGUGGCCUUUUUUACAAGUGCAGAGGAUUGUGACAGAGCUUUUAGAGACUGGCUGAGAAAGAAGAGAGAAGAGAAACAAGCAGCAGAGCUAGCUGCUAAAGAGAGAGCCAAGCAGCUUAGAUUAGAAGCCAGAAGAUCAAGAAAAAUGCGGAGCAUCCACUAUAUUUAAUUCCGAGCCCAAAUCCUGUUGUUUCUCAGAUCAUUACAGCUGAAAAUUUGAUGUAGCCACAGAGUUCUUGGUGACAAUCUUAAUUUUUAUGGCUUGAGCUUUCGUCCUUUGCAGCUACUAGCUUUUUGUGGUGUUUUUAAAGCUUUCAAGCAAGUUUAACAAUUAUCUUAAGUGACAAUGAUUUACUAUCUAUUUAUUUGUAAUUUAGUUGAAAAGCCUGCUUUAAUGUAUAACUCAGGAUCUUCUUGGUUUAACCAAAUCCAAAUGAGUGCAAGAUCUAUGUAUGAGGGUGGCAAAUACACAUUCCCUUCUUUAAAAGGCACUUUAUACACAGCUCCAUCAUGGAUUCCUGGAUGCAGGCUACUGUGUAAAAUGUUGAAUUUUUGGUGGAUUAAUAUUGCUGUUUGAUGCUGCUAGUGAUUAAGACUGUUCAAAGUGUUAUGUUGUUGGAAAAUGAUGUUUCUUGUAGUACUUCCUAUUGAUCUGUUGACCAGUUCUAGACCAGAGGACUGUGUUCUUUCAGGUUCCCGGAAAAUGGUGAUUGAAGACUAAUGUGUAGGUGAUUGUGCAACAGGUUUUGAAACUUACUUCUGUGAGUCAUAUUCAGUAGUUUUCUAUUCCAUGGAAUUAAAAGCUUGUGAAAAUUA